UAAUUGUUCCUUUAUGCGCAAUUUAUAUGCCUAUUCCAUUUGUUGACUUUUUUUCUUCUUCUUUUUGGUGAGGAUUUGCGGGGGUAAGUUUUGCCCGUUAGCUUGGAGGGUAAACUUUUGUGAGUGGUCGGAAUCUAAAGAAAAUGCUCCAAAUAUUAAAAUACGACGAUCAUAUUACAGUCAAAUGCACUGCUGUACUUUAUAGGUGCUUGGUCUACCUUAAGUUAUGCAAUGAGGGAUACUAAACUAGUCAGCACAGUUUUUUUAGCUUCUUCUUUCCCACAAUCGUGUUUGUUUACAAAUCUCACACAAAGAUAAGCACAUACACUAGACACGUGAAAACCCACAUACAUCUAUUUAAAUCAGUGUUUGGCGGAUAACGGUGCCACUCAGUGCCAUUUUUCACUGAUGGUGCUAUGGCCUGCUCAACCAAUCCUCACCGGGUAUACUGGCGGUCCUCUCUCAUUGGCUACCUCAUGGAGCUCUCUCUCCUCUUUUCCGUCGCCAUGGAGAAAGCUCCUCAGCGCGCAGAGAUCGUUUACGCAGACACAGAUUCACUCGCGGCUCGUGAAAAGAUGCCAGUGGGAUCUCUUAAUUCAUCUCCUCACUGUUUUGGGUUGAAUCUGUGCUCAUUUGUUAGUACACAGUAAUAAACGUGUGAGCUUCAUCAAAUGUCGUGCCAAAUAUGUUUUCCCAUGUGAGGAUUUCAACAUAGAGUCAAGCAAUCAAAAGAAGAGUGCUCUGGUGUUUCCCCGUAUACCCUAAAGGGGCACCCCUGAGCAGACAGGGUUAAAAGCCUUUUAACUCGGAGAAGUGUUUUAUGUUAAAGCUUUAAUGUGGCGCAAGACUAACGGGAAUAUAACCGUGAUUUAACAGACGGCGCUUGGCGCUUUUUAAAUUGCUAUUAAAACGCGGAAGGCAGAUUUUUUUAUUCCAAAAAAUAGUCAGAGUGAGGCCUCUGCAAUGAGUCUGCGUCUUUGCAGCAGAGAGGAUCAGAUGAGGAGGAGAGGACAGACAGCGAGGCAGAGCGGAGAGUGGGCGGGGGAACAGAGGAAGGAGACAGAGUGGUGAGCAGAGGCAUCGUUUCACUGAUGCUGAGUCACAUAUCAGAGGGACCACAGCUGCAUCCCAUGAGUCUUUGGGAAUAAUGGAGGAGCUUGAACACACCUGCCCUCAUCCCCGAACGACUCUCACGGAGCCUGCCAUCUUUGCCAAUGAGACCAGCUGUGACUGUCGCGCGCCUCAUGAGAAGCUCACCAUUGCUCAGGCCUGCAAAGGCACCCCAGUGGACCGGCCAGUCAGAGUCUACGCAGAUGGCAUCUUUGACCUAUUCCACUCUGGACACGCUCGUGCUCUCAUGCAGGCCAAGAAUCUCUUUCCAAACACCUACCUCAUAGUAGGAGUGUGCAGUGAUGAACUAACCCACAAGUACAAGGGCUUCACGGUCAUGACGGAGCACGAACGUUACGAGGCGCUGAGACACUGCCGCUAUGUCGAUGAGGUCUUGAGAGAUGCACCCUGGACUCUCACGCCUGAGUUCCUUGAGAAACACAAGAUCGAUUUUGUGGCUCAUGAUGAUAUUCCAUACUCCUCAGCAGGAAGUGAGGACGUUUACAAACACAUCAAGGAGGCAGGGAUGUUUGUACCCACGCAACGCACAGAAGGAAUCUCCACCUCUGACCUGAUUACGAGAAUUGUCAGAGACUAUGACGUCUACGCCCGACGCAACCUUCAACGUGGCUACACGGCCAAGGAGCUUAAUGUCAGCUACAUCAAUGAGAAGAAGUACCGGCUACAGAACCAAGUGGAUCGGAUGAAGGAGAAAGUUCGCACAGUUGAGGAAAAGAGCAAGCAUUUUGUUUACCGCGUGGAGGAGAAGAGUCACGACCUCAUUCAGAAAUGGGAAGAAAAAUCCAGAGAAUUCAUCGGAAACUUCCUAGAAUUAUUUGGACCUGAUGGGACAUGGAAACAAGUGUUUCAGGAGCGCAGUGGUCGAAUGCUCUCCUACGCUCUGUCUCCCAGAGAGUCGCCCAGCAAUAGCCCUCCCCGCGAACUUUCCCCCCUGCGCUCACCCUCUCCCCCGUCUCCCCCCGCCCGCUGGCACAACGCGCGGCCCUCGCCCCCCACCUCCCCAAAAGGAGCGUCUGCCUCUAUAAGCAGCAUGAGCGAAGGGGAUGAAGACGAGAAGUAGACGGUCACACCAACCCGCGCACGCGCACACUCACACGCAAGCACACCUCACUCACAAACACAUGCACACACUCCUCCAAACACUGGCUGACAAACUGAAAAACAGUUACCCUCAAGGAUGUUGCAAAUAUGCAAUGCAGACGGUGAUCAUGGGGAAUCUGAGCUGCAGAGCUAAGAAGCCAUCACUGUCUCUGUUGUUUCUGGGCAACCAAGCAGACAGGAGGAAGAGGAAGGAAGAAGAUGAGGACACAGUGUCAGAUUUUGUAAGGACAGAAAUCCCGUGCAGCAUCUUUGACUGUCCAGCACUGAUAGAGACUGUGAAACAGCUUGCUUAUAAUAUCAUCAGUUUUGGUUUUUUGUCUUAUUAUGUGAGAUUAUCAUUUUCUCUUCAAGAUGCCUAGUUUUCUUGUAACCGGUGUGAUAGCUAUGCGCGAGUAGGCACAGACUUACAGAAACACCUCGUCUUACAUUCAGUUCUACAUAUCGUCUACACUGAAACUGGUUUCAUUCAUUUUGUGUAAUUUUGUGCUAGUUAAACAGAAUUUAAACGACAGAGCCCUGCGAACCCUAGAGUAGCUGAGGCGAUGCUUGGAUAACGCACGACCUUUGCUGUUUUAGACCGUGUUCACAAAAACGAUCACAUUGAAAUUCACUAAUCACAAGUUACUUCUAAGAUAUUCAUAUGAAAUUCUCUGCAGGAGCCCAGAAGAAGAACGUAUAUUGUCAAGUUUCUGAAAUGCAGAUGAUAUGUGCAAAAAAUCCUAAGCAAAACCCAUCAAGAUACAGAAAAAAAGACAAAAAAACAACUUCUAAAGAUCACAUUUUUGGUUCUUUUUUUGAUGAUUGUAAAAGAGACACAAAAUCCAAUCCUUGAGGCUUCAUGCAACAAAUAGUUUGAUGAAAUAGAAAAAAUAGAGCCUUUUUUUUAUUAACCUCUUGAAUGUAAAUUGCAUUUUUUAGACUCCACAAAGAGGUAAUGUUAUCACUCUCACUUCUAGCCAUAUAAAAGGUUGCGUCUCACCUGUUAAAGGAAGCACUUGUGGAUUUUCACCAUUAAAAAAAAAAGCCAUGUCAUUUUUUUAAGUAGUUUUUCAUGUUUAGCAGAGAUUUCUUUGGCUCUUUGGGAUCUGAUGUCAGCCGUCCACAAAAACCUGACAAACUCUGACGAUACUUGAAAUAUCUCAAAAAUAUUAAAGCUCAGCGGGUGAAUCGUCAGGCUUGAACAUAGCGCUGUUCUCGCUGCGAUGAUUAGAAAUGUACGUUGCUCACAUCUGAGCAGACCUCUCUUCCACCCCAACAACACAGUAAGUACCCUAUAAUGCAACGUAGAGAUCUUAAUGUCCUGUAAGCACUACAUGUUAAUCUGCACUAUAUGAAGAAAAUUUGGGAAUGUGUGUCUUUUUUUUAUUAUUCAUUUUAAUGUUCAAAUGAAUCAAAAUGUGAAUAAAAGAAAAAAAAAAUGUAUAACAGAAUAUGAAGCAGACUUUUAGACUUUUUAAUUGACGCUAAAAAGUUAAAGGUCAAUAGAGACUGGGGGGGAAUGACUUUAGUUCAAUAGCUGACUCAACUUUGUGCAAAUAAAGAGUUGAAUUAGUGGGAAAUGUGCAAAGAACACUGUUAAACUCCAGUGACAGUCUGUGUGGUAUUUCCUACACUGUUACACUUUAGUUUGAUAUUAAAAACAAUAUAAAACCCCAAUAGCACACAUAUAUGGAAACUGGUGUAGGUAGUGGUCAUGUGAAAAAGAAGGUAUGGAGUCUUUCACUUCUACUUUUUCAAAUAUCAGGACAUAAAAAUAAUCCAAUCCUUAGCUGUUUUAAAAAAUUACGUAUGUGAAACAAGAUACAACCUAUUAGACUGUAUCAUUAUUUCCACCUUCCACAACAAUUAGAAGGAUAAGUAAGUGUGAAAGCAGAGGUUUCAGCAGUUUUUUUGAUCUGGAGGGGUUUUCUCUAUAUAAAGAACACCGCACAGCUCAGGCUUGCAAAGCUGCAUUUGAACAAACCACAAGACCUCUGGAUUGUUCCCAUAAUAAGCAGAGAAACCCAAACACAGCUGUCAGCACGGUGGUGGUGCGGUAAUGAUUAGGGCUUAUUUUACAGCCACAGGACCAGGACACCUUCCAGUCACUAAGCAGACCAUGAAUUCAUCUGUAAACCAAACUAUUAUAGAGUCAAAUGUGAGGUCACCUUUCAGUCAGUUAAAGCUGGACUCUAACUGGGUCAUGCUACAGGAUAACAAUCUCAAGCACAGCAGCAAUUCUACAACAGAAUGGCUGAAAACAAAAAGAAUAAGUCAAAGUCCAGAUCACAAACUGAUUGAAAUACUGUUGCAGGACAUGAACUGUUUAAUGUAAUCAUGCAUAAUUGCGCCGUAUGUGGUGUGGACCAGAAUGUUUCAACACUGUGGAAAAAACCCCCGAUCUGGUCACAGCGUGGAUAAAAACUGAACACAGCGAUUACACACAACAGCAAAUCUCUUUUAUUGUAAUGUUUGACAGUUGGUAUUGGAAGUUCAUCUCAUGCUGAAUCACAUUAUAAGACCAUUGUAAAACUUUUUUUUUGGUGUACUCAAGUUGAUGUUACACGGCCACCUCUUAUCCAGGAGACUCCAAAUGCAGUAUUUAAGCUGGAUGUACAGUAGGCUGGAAAAUACACUCAUCACUCCACACUGGCUGCAUGUACAGUAUAUACAUGCAUGCAUACAUACAUGCUUAUGAUUUUCUAAAAUACUCUUACCACAUAGAAGGUCUUUAAACAGUAAACUACUACAAGUAGAAGAUCUUCAUUUCAAUAAAUGAUGGAAACUGGAAGUAUAACUUUGAUCAAGAUGUGGUUUUUAGGUGACUGGUCAACAACAGGACCACACUGGCCUACACAUCAACCACUAACCUAUAAUGCAGCUCAUCCUCUAAGGUAGGUUAUUCACAGGGUAUCAGCCACACUUGCAGGUCACAAAGGAAUUGGCAGUGAUGAAAUCUGAUGGUUAAUAUGUCGGUUUCCACACAGAGUUUCUCUCUUUACACGUCAGGUGAAGCUAAAUGACAUGAGAAAAAUGAGUCUCUUCGUAUUUGUGAAAAUCUCCCAACAUUUGCUUUAAAUAAAUCCAGGUUUGAGCCAUGACUCAUUUAAGUUUUGGUCUUUAUCAGCAGCCUCAAAAUAAAUUAAAAAAUAAAAAUAAAA